CAUGCGCAGAUUUAUUUGGAUUUGUCUCUUUGCAUUGAGCGGAUUUGCGGCCGGCCAACUUAGUCCCAGCUCCGUCGCCAAAUGUGCGCCAGGGUUCUACAAAAAACUGUUUCGGCGGCAUGAUCUGUGCGUGAUAAAAGCUAUACAGGGGCAAGGCGCCAUCCUCUCGGCCUACAUCUACAAGUGCUACAACCCUAAGAACACGACUCAAUUCGACUUUCGCAACGUGAUCCGUUUCAUCACGAGUGGCAGCUUGUUCAAGGGCAGAUUCAGCAUAUACAUAUUCACCAAAGAAGACGUGGAGCUGCAGAAUUACCACUCGUGCAUUCCGUUUGAUAGGUGCGAAGGUCUUUUCCUCACGAACUUCACCACCCCUCUGCCUCCCGACUUUUACGUCGAAUCCAAUUUCGAGAAUGCGGCCGGCUACUGCCAUCCAGAUGUUAUUUGAUUACCAUUGACGAAAAAUGUUUACGAUGCUUUUUACAUUUUGCAAUCAAGCUAUGGAAAGGAGGAAAUAAACUAAAUAUUCUAGUG